GUUUAGCUCACCUCAAACGUGCUUCAGUGAACGUUGGCUAGCUUUGACUUGACACCCACGUUGUGCAGCUGUUAACACUGGAUUACUGCAGUGAAAUGGCAAAGGUUCAAACCCCAAAUGAAAAGGUGGUGAAACCCCCUGUGAAGAAAAAGAACAACCACAACUCUAAAAACUACAAGAACACCAAAAGGAACUACUGUAUUCUGUGUCGCAGGUUUCAUAUGAAACAUGAAGCACAAGAGCAUGUGCAUAGUAUGCUGCAUCACAGGGAGCUGGAGACUGUGCUGGGCAAGGAUUCAUUUCAUGAGUGUCAGGCGUGUAAGGCCUCCUCCAUGGGUUUAAACGAGUACGCUCGGCACAUCUCCACUGCUGAACACAAAGCCAAGUUGAAGAGCUUGACGCAGAAGAAGGUGAAGGCCCUCUCUCUGUUCAAGACUCUGGACAAAGAGACCAUGGGCCAGAUCCUGGAGAGAAACAAGACACUAAAAAAAGAGGAGAAGAAAGCAAUGAAAAAGAAAAAGAAGAAACUGAAGCAGAUAGCUGGUCAGAAGCGUGCAGCCAUGCAACAGGGAGGCAGCCAUAAAAACAUGGCGGUGUCCAAUGUAGCGAGGCCGGAAAAAUCCAAACAAGUGAAACAGGGAACGUACCAGCAGGAGAGAAAUGAUGCUGUUGUUCAAAACAAAGAGAAUAAAGUAUCCAGUCUGCAAAGACCUCUUUACCAAAGAGAAUCAGUUUUGCAGUCUCAAAGUGGAAGAUUGACUUAUUUGUCAGGAGAACCUGCAGGUCGAACUCUGCAUUGCUCUAAUGUUCGAGACCAGUCCACCCAAUCAGCACAGCAACCUGACAACUAUUCAGUCAAAACUGAGAGCUCCCAAUCGGACAGACUUAAUAGGAGACCACAAGGAGGUGUCACUAACAAGCCGGGACAAAAAUCAUGGCCUACCAACAGCCAGAAUGACUAUUACAACAAGCAGUAUGAUGGAGACUUCACCAGUGACCAGCUUCCUCAUAACGGAGCCAUCAUCUUUGGUCACGGCCAAAAUGAGAGCACGGAAUCUUCUCAGCCAGGACGAGAAGGUUCAGCUCACCAUGCUUCAGUGAGUGGAUCUGCCAAUGCAGCUCCCAUACGGGAUGUCGACAUCAGCGCGAUGCUACGGCAAAUCAGAAGAGCGCUUGGUGUGAGGGAGCCGUGCAGAGCUGACCGUGAAGCCCGGAAGCAGAGCAGUGAGGCGGGUGUCCGGGUGACUGAGAAAGAGUCGCCGACAGGCGGGUCCUGUAGGAGGCACGCCAAGGAGGCUACACUUCCCGUCACUUCUGCUGCAGCUCCAUCUGUGCAGUCUUCACAGGUCAACAGCCCUGCUCAUGCAUCCCAUUCUGGCGUUUCUUCGUCCAGUGUUGCUCCUCCUGAGCCAAAGCAGACGACAUUUAGAACGACGCAGGGAGCGACACAACAGUGUGAGAAAAGCUCAGUGUCUGCAAGUGACUCAAAUAGAGCAUUAAACAGCAAAGAGAGAGAAUCUCAGGCCCCGCCUGACAGCCAGACCUCUGAGCCUACCUCGAACAUCACCCGCAGGGUUCGAAUCGCCCACAGAUCAGCCAUAGUUCAGGGGGGAAAUGCGGCUGGACUUAAACCAACCCUGAAUAAAGUGUUCAGCUUAUCAGGGGGCAGUAGUAAGUCGAACUGGAGGGAGAUGUAUGAGGAGAGGAAGAAGCAGGCGAGGGGCAAAAGCAUGCCCAGGUUUGGAAUUCAGCUGGCAAACCCUCUGUCGUACCAACAAAGCUCAACACAAGCAGAAUCUGACAUGACUCUGUCAGAGGGCUUCCACUGGGAGUCGUUCCCAAACAGUCCUUCAGCUGCACACUGGACUGGACUACCUCCUCCGCCCCAGGACACAGUAUAUAAUGACUCUCGCACAGAAACCCAGUCAGCUCCUCAGGUGCAGGAGCCUUUGGAGCCACCUGGUGCAGCUCAGGAAGGCUGCAGCAGGCCAACGGUCCACGCCGUCUCUGUGAAGAUGGAGCAAAGCUGUGAGGAUGAGAACGGAGAUUUGAGAGCCAGCAGUGGUGCCAGCAAGAGGAAACACAACAUGUAUGAUGACGUUUCUGAUAAGCAGUCAAGUGGAAAAAAGAAGAAAACAAAGUCAAACACAGACCAGGGCCAGAUGGACCAGCUGUUGGCUGUGUCUCUGAGGGAGGAUGAGCUGAGCCACUCGUUGCAGGAUUUGGACAGGUCUCUGAUCCAGGCCCGCAGUGCCCUGCAAGCUGCCUACACAGAGGUCCAAAGACUCCUGCUAUUGAGACAGCAGUUUACUGCUGAGAUCAACAGUCUGAGAGCCCAGCGCAUUGAAAUCCUGCAGGGGAUGCAAGGAGGAUACUCAGGAGCAUCUACUAUAACAGAAAGAGCCACCACCUCACCAGCAGGGGCACGACUCUCUCCCCUUCCUUCCUCUAGUGCCUUCCCCACUCAGCCAUCACCCACAAACCCAGUAUCUUCCAUCAGCCCCCUUGCCCUGACAGCCAUGCAAGUAAAGCAAGAAAUCUUCCAACAGUCCGCAGCAGGACAGGCCAGUCAGUUUGCCAAAAUGCUCCCCUGUAACUCUGAGACACCUCAGGUACCUGCGACCCAACCUGUCCCCUUGUUUCCCGCUGAUUUGCUCCCCUCACUGCUGCUGCCAUCAACAAGCUUAGCUGCUCCAACAACUGCUGACACCUCUCUGAAACAACUCCAAUCUGAGCCCUCUGUAUCGCCAAAUGUAAAUCAGCAGACUGUGAGGUUAGCGAGCGAAGAAGCACAGCCAGCUGACAGUGAUUCUGAGGAAGAGGCAGGAGGAAAUCUCAGCACAGAGCAAGUUAAAGGAAAAGAGCCAGCAGCAGAGAAGUCUGACUCCACUUCAGCCCCCAAAAGAGGUCAGAAUGCAUCUGCUGCAGCAUCAGACGACGAUGGAGGAAGUGAGAGCGACGCCUCUGUCAAAAUGAUGGAGCCCUCCAACCCGGUGGUCAUUGAUAUCGAUGAAUCAGACAAUGAGGACGCACCAGAUGAUCCAGUCCAACAAGAGCCCCCUGAGAAGUCUGUCAGUGUGGAAUUUAAUUCUUCAAGCACACAGGCGGUUCAGGAUAAUGAUGCUGAGAGGAAAGUUCAGCCAACAGCUGUGCCAGUGAAAGAUGCCAGUGUUCCCUCGGAGGGUGUUGAGAAUGAGGAGCCAUCUGUGGGAGCUUUUUUGAAUCACACAGGACCAGUCCACGGCCUCCAGGUUCAUGAGGGUCGACUGUACACGUGUUCAGGGGACAACACGGCGCGGGCCUACGGUCUUAUGAACAGGGAGUACCAGGCCGUGUUUGAAGGUCACACAAACAAAGUCAACUGUCUGCUGGUAGCAUCGUUCCCAAACAUGCCGGCGCGCCUCUACACCGGAUCCAGUGACCAGACUAUCCGCUGUUACAGCAUAAAGACCACGAAGUGUCUGGAGCAGAUCACUCUAUCGGACAGAGUGUUGUGUUUGCACACUGCCUGGAACAUCCUGUUUGCUGGACUCGCCAAUGGAUCAGUGGCUAGCUAUGACUUAAAGACUCUGAAGCAGUUGGAUGUGUUUGAGUGCCACGGCCCACGAGGUGUGAGCUGCCUGGGUACAGCACAGGAGGGCGCCCGCCGAGUCCUGCUGGUCGGCUCCUACGACAGCACCAUCAGCGUACGAGACGCCAAGAGCGGCCUGCUGCUACGCACGCUGGAGGGUCACACCAAAACUGUACUCUGCAUGAAGGUGGUGAAUGACCUCGUCUUCAGUGGCUCCAGUGACACAUCUGUUCAUGCCCACAACAUCCAUACGGGCGAACUGGUUCGUAUCUACAAGGGUCACGGUCAUGCCGUCACAUCAAUAGUCAUCUUGGGGAAAGUGAUGGUGACAGCCUGUCUGGAUAAACUGGUCCGAGUUUACGAGCUCCAGUCCCAUGACCGCCUGCAGGUGUACGGGGGUCACAAUGACAUGGUGAUGUGCAUGGCCGUACACAAGAGUGUGAUCUACACAGGCUGCUAUGAUGGCAGUGUUCAAGCUGUGAAGCUCAACUUGAUGAAGAACUAUCGCUGCUGGUGGCAGAAUUGCGCUCUGAUCUUCGGCAUGGCGGAGCAUCUUUUGCAGCACCUCGUCAAAGACCACAGCAACCCGAAUCUGCAGUCUGUCAAAUGCCGCUGGAGAGGCUGCAGCACUUUCUUUGGCACGCAGCAGUGUGUUCGGCAGAAGCUGCCGGAGCACAUGCAGAACCACGCGGAGAACGACAGUAAAGUGCAGCUUUGACAGCAGUAGCGCUGAAGUAAGGUAGCAGAUAAGGUUGGAGUCUCAUCCAUUACAACACAUUGACUGAUUUUCUCUUUCAAAGUUCUUCCGGAUUUUCCGUUUUACUUUCUAUUAAAUUCCUGUGGGAGAACAUAUUUUUCUUGUAUUUCCCAUCUUAUUUCCUCAUCUCUUCGGUGUUGUGCACCCUGUGUGACCUCUGUGACAGUGAAACAAGGCAGGCCGCUUGUUAUUGAUCCCUGAAGCCGCUGUAUGACAGGAUUAAGACGUUCAAUCUAAAACCUUUUGGGACCUUAGUAGCUUAGUAACCUCAGUAAUUAUUUGUGGUUAUCAGUAAUUCUUCUUUUUUAAACAAGUAAUUCACCCCUCUUUUUUGGAUCUGUUGGUCGAUACCAUAAAAUAUAUUAUACAGUAAUCCUCCUCAGAUAUGUGUGUGUGAGGCUAAUUAUUCAGAGCAUUUCUACAGCUAUGCUGCAGCUUAUAGUGUGAGCUGUUUCCAGACUCAGUUAACAGGUUUUAAUUUGUGGAACACCAAAGCAGAAAUGCCACAUUGUCUGAACCCUGAACAAAAUGAACUUAUACAUCAGUUAUACAUCAAAUUUACAGUUUCAUAGUUAUUUUAAAGGAGUAUUCCACCAAUUUGGUGUUGUGUUCCUGUCACAUUGUCAGACUCACACUAAACAGUUUAAAAAAAGGAUUAAAACCAAUGCAACAGAACAGGUGAUAUUGUCUUUAAUCCAUGCAUUUGUCUUCCCUCUUACACCUGGCACCUAUAAUACCCACAAUGCAACUCAACUGCUUACAGGUCAGUUGCAGAGUCACGUGUAUAAUGCUAAUAGGGGCUAAUAUAGCAUCCAGCUGAUAGAUUCAAGCAGAGAUGAGAAGCCGGCUACAGUAGUCUGGUAAGCUCUAGGCUUGGGCACAAUCAAGUUAUUAUAGUAUACUGGGGUAUCUAUAAAAACUUAUAUGGAGAGGCUGUAUUGAGGAUGUAAUGUAUGUAGUGCACUUCACGUGCCACUAGAAGUCAGUUUCUGCUGGUGGAACAGGAAGCUGAGCUGGCAAACAUGGCAGCUGCCAGUAGUGAAGACAGGAUUAAACAACCAGUUAGCAAUGGCAGAGAGACACAGAGGGACUAAACAACAUAUUUUAACAUCUAACUCUAUGAAUUAUGGAUUUAUGUCAACCAAACCAGAGUUGGUUAUUGUUGUAAGAGUGGACUAACUAACUAGACAACUAACAAGAUUAACUAAGACAGACCAGAAUUCACUGGUCAGAGAGGUUAAGAAGUGCUGCACACAAAUACCAGCAUAAACCGCAUACCCUGGUAAAAUUUCGGGAAGGUUUGAGAAAAUAGAUGCCGCCCAAGCCCAGUAAGCUUCUUCCUAACUCCACACAUCCAGAUUGGUUUCAUUUCCAAACUUGUAGCCUUCAACUCCCACUGAGGCUGACUCAAGUCACAUCACUUUAGACAAUUUAUCAGAUUUAAUGCAGCUCUCUAAUUUUAGGAAAGGUUGGGGCUCUGAGGAGGAUUUUCAAAUCUUUUGGGGUUGUUAUCAGUUCUCUUUGGUCAGGACAUGCAUACGUGGACGGUAGCUCAAAUAUGGAAACAAACAGGCUCAACUUGCUGGUAUACUGUAUUAUAUUUAGAAAGUGCAGUUUGGGAGUUACUCCAGGGUUUUAAAUCCACACGUUAAUAUUUCGCAACCUACUUCCUGUAUAAAGAAUAAAAAUCUUUACCACCUGCUGUCACGUCAGAUUUCUCUUUUUUUUGAGUCGGUAAAUUGUUAAUUGUUGGUGAUACCACAGUGUAAAGACAGUAUAUCCUUAACUACUUCUUGACUCAGACAUUUGCUCCUGUCACACUUCAGAACUCUGAAAUAAAUUCCUUGUGUUGACCGAGAGGUUUGGUUUAAAAAAAAAAAAUCCUCAUCCAUAAACGUAUAAACCAUCUGUUAAUUUAUAAUGUUUCCCACAGAGUUAUUCUAGGCAAUGAACUUGUUCCUUUUAUCACUUUUUCCUUGUUUGAAAACUCACGCUUUGAACAAUAGACGUAAGUAGUUGUGAAAGUUGUCAGACCAAACCUGUAAAGAGAGUUGUUCAGUUCAGUGAAUUCAGUGUUAAAGUCAUGCCUUAAUUUUUGUAUGUAAAAGUGUACAGUGUGUAUUUGACCUGUGUUUAAUACCUUCUGUAUGUGUACAGCAAUAAAGCAACAAAUUUACAGUG